AUCGUCCACGUGAUUUACUCUCGACUCCAUUCACGCAAGAUGGAGCUAUCAGAGUCGGUUCAGAAAGGACUGCAGUCUGCAGCAGACCCGUCUCUCUUCGACCUGAGGAGCUUCACGGUGCUGACAGACGUUACGUUCCGCAGCCUGCUCUCCGCCCAUGCGGAUCCCGGGGUUCUAGCUGAUCCUGGUCUGGAGAACAUUGACCGGGUUCUUGUAAAACGGUGUCACGCCGCUGCAGCCACUUGCAUACUUGAAAUGGUCAAACAAAACGCAGACAAAUCAACAAUAAGUUCAUGCCUUGAAGAUUUAACAUUUGACGCAGAGAGAAUAGAGAUAUUCUGGAAGUCGUACCAGAAUAAUAAAGAAGAACUGGAAGGUGUACUGACAAGCAUAGGGAGUCAACUUCCCCACAUCAACGACGUGUCGUGGCGAUUGCAGUACCACAUGAAGAACGGCCACGUCCAUAAAGUGAACGAGCCAUUCUACCUCCUUUCCUUGAACGUGGAGAACUCUGGCCUCGAGGGAUCUGCGAAGGAUAUUAACUUUAGCUGUACGGUAGAGCAGCUACAGGAUCUGGUGGGGAAAAUGAAGGACGCAGCAAAGAGUUUGGAGAAGGCGACUCAAAUGUGAGGUGCCUACAGCACCUGGUGGGAGAGACCUGAGGGACUGUCGCCUGGGCAGAGUUGUUUCGUGUCUCAUGGAUACACUGAAGUGGAAUGGUGUUAAUCCUAGAGAUAGGCCUACUUGUUUUAUUAUCUUCCUGUAUCAAUGCUUCACUGAAACCCAGCUGAAUAAUUUUCAUUCCCAGAGGUGAUGUAAAUAAAAACCUGUCAAUCAGA